CCCCGUAUGGGACAAGCGGUUCUGAAAAUGUGUGUACAUUGUAUUGUAACUAUUUUUGUCGGGUAAAAGCAUUAAGCAGAGAAGGAAAGCCGCUGGAAGCCCUCCCUACAUUUGUAGCCGUACGGAGAGGUACAUUGUGCAGUAAAAGUAGUUUGAAUGCGUUUGGAAUAAGUACAAAUCCAUUGUGAGAGGUUAUUAUUGAGACUAGGGCAGAGGUCGGUGUUGGAUGGGUUCCAGAGGGACAUCUUCAUAACGUCAACAGCAUCGUCUAUAAACCAAUGAGAGUAAGUGCGGUGGCUGCUAUAACCAAUGAGCGAUUAGUACGAUGUCUUUUGUAAUCAACAGAGUUGUAAAUACGACUCCUACUAUAAACCAAUGAGCUCUAAGUGAUGUACUUACAACAACCAAUCAGCGGAGAAUGCGGUGCUUACUAUAGCCAAUGAGCUGCAACUUCGGUGCCUACUAUAAACCAAUCGACGAAAACUCGGUGCCUACUAUAAACCAAUGAGCUGCAACUACGAUUUAGUUUGACGCUUUAGAUCCUGUGCGCGUCGCAUUCCACGAUUACAUCACUAUAGUAAAUGUACUGUAUCAAUUAAGCUUUUUGCUCGGCCUCAAGGUUUCAAAAUAGUGCGGGUUCCCUAAUGGACGAUACAUCUUAUUCUUAAGCACCCAGUCAUUCUGUUCUCAUAAUUUUCGUCACAAAGCUGGACACGGUGUGCUAUAACAUUUUAAUACGAUAUAGAAAUACAUCUGUAAAAGUUUAUUUCUAUCAUGUGCACCCCUUUGGCCAAGGACACUUAUAAUGACAGUUUUGCACAAAAGCCACGGGCGAGAUGUUUACUUUAUUUGCACAGGUGGGAAUACUUACCGCGUAAAUACCGCUCCAGUACGACACACUAGAGCGGGAUUCGAAUGCAACGCCUUCUGACUAUUACGCACAGCACUCAUCGCAAUGGCCCCGCUGGGUAAUUCAGCGACGCAUCUGAGCGGAAGACGCACGUUGCCCUGCAGGUUAACGCAUGACACUCUCUAGCACCUCGUCCCGCGUCAAGAAUACAACGCCCUGGUGUCCGUCGCGCUGCUCGCUCGCUCGCUGUGCUGCUGCUGUGGAGGCAGUAGGCGGGAUGCGCUCAAGCUCUGGAUCCGCCUUCUGGAUGCAGCGCAGCCAUUUAAGCAUCGCGCUCUCCCCCCCAGCCGACACGCACACACCAUGGAUGCGCUGUGAACCGGCGUCUGCGGCUCCGGAGGAGGGUGGGUGUAGUGAGGGAACCCGGGCGCUGAUGCCACUGCCGCUCUCUGCGCGCCGCACGCAUCCUCCCCGAGACGGGCUGCAGCGCUCCACGCCCCGCUGACCCGAGAGAAGCCGUAUUUAUCUCGAUCAUCAUUUCGGUGGGGGAAGAAGGGGGCACCUCUGUUUACCCGUCCGUGUCGCGGCAGGGCUGCAUCCGCGCGCGAUCGCUCCUUCGGGAGGAUUCCUUAAUGACAUGAGCGUGUCCUGCGUAACGGAUACAUCGCAGCCCCUGGGAACCGCCACGCGCUGCUGCAUGCUGCGCACUCCAUCGCCGUUUGACACGGAGCACAGCGGCUUUGGUUGUUGACCUCUGCGAUUUUCCUUUUUUUCUUCUUUUUUUUUUUCUGGUUUGUGGUGGGCACUUUGCCACUGGCAUCUCCCAUCGGAUCCCAGCAUCUUCCCCGAAGGAGCGCGUAAAAGGCGCACACAUGCACGGUGCUGUUGCGUUCCUGUAACGGGGGGGAAGAGCGGCAGAAGGUGACCGGGACCAAAGAGAGCGAGAGAGCGCGCGAGAGAAGCACAAACACGCACAGAGGAUGCUUUGGAUGUAAAGGAAAUAAAUAAAGAAGCUGAAGAAAUCAAGAGAUGGGGAAAGAUCAGGAAUUGCUCCAAGCAGUGAAGACCGAGGACCUGCUCACGGUGCAGAAGCUCCUGCAGAGGCCCAGACCGGGAAAAGCAAAGCUCCUGGGAUCUGCAAAGAGAGUUAACGUCAACUUUCAAGACACAGAUGGAUUUGCUGCUCUUCACCAUGCAGCCCUCAAUGGCAAUAUGGAGCUCAUCUCCCUGCUGCUGGAGUCUCAGGCCACCGUGGACAUCAAGGACCAGAAAGGGAUGCGCCCACUCCACUACGCUGCCUGGCAAGGGAAGACAGAGCCCAUGAAGCUACUGCUAAAAUCAGGCUCCUCGGUGAACGGGCAGUCGGAUGAGGGUCAGAUUCCCUUACACCUGGCAGCUCAGCACGGUCACUACGAUGUCUCCGAGAUGCUGCUGCAGCACCAGUCCAAUCCGUGCAUCGUGGACAAUGCGGGCAAAACCCCUUUGGAUCUCGCCUGCGAGUUUGGAAGAGUCGGCGUGGUCCAGCUGCUGCUCAGCAGCAACAUGUGUGCUGCUCUCCUGGAGCCCAAACCCGGAGACUCCACCGACCCCAACGGAACCAGCCCCCUGCACCUCGCCGCUAAAAAUGGCCACAUCGACAUCAUCAGACUCUUGAUCCAGGCUGGCAUCGACAUCAAUCGGCAGACCAAGUCAGGCACAGCUCUCCAUGAGGCAGCUCUGUGUGGAAAAACUGAGGUGGUGCGCCUUCUGUUGGAUAGUGGUAUCAAUGCUGCAGUGAGAAACACAUACAGCCAAACUGCGUUGGACAUUGUCAACCAGUUCACCACCACACAGGCCAGCAGGGAGAUCAAGCAGAUGCUCCGUGACGCCUCUGCGGCCCUGCAGGUCAGGGCCUUGAAGGAUUACUGCAACAACUAUGACCUGACGAGCCUCAACAUCAAGGCUGGCGACGUCAUCACGGUUCUGGAGCAGCACUCGGACGGCCGGUGGAAGGGCUGUAUCCAUGACAACCGCACAGGGAAUGACCGAGUGGGCUACUUUCCCUCCAACAUGGUGGAGGUGAUCAGCAAGCGGGCAGGUUCAUGGAGUACAGUCAUUUAUACCCAACAGUAUCAAAAGAUACAGCUGUGCGUGCCGCCGUGCGGCCCUGCCGCUACGCUCAACGGGGACUCAUGUCAUCACAUCCAUAUCCUGCAUCCUCCUCCACCUCCACCAUCCCAUUCCCAUCAGCCACUUUUCACUUCCUUUGGCUAUAACAGGUCCCAAAGCACCUCAGAAGAGCUGCAGUGUGGACAAGGUUCCAGAGGCUCUGAGUCCAGCCCCCACGGUUCCCCUACCCCGACCGGCGGCCCGCAGGGUGGCGCCAGUGAGGAAAUCUGGGUGCUGCGCAAGCCUUUUGCAGGUGCGGACCGCAGCAGCGCAGGCAGCUCGGGCAGCGUGACCAGCGCCCGUUCCUCCGGAAGCGGCCAGAGCGCGGGCAGCAAUGUGCAUACCCUGCACGCCCAGGCCGAAGGUGUCAAGCUCUUGGCCACAGUGCUGUCUCAGUCUGCCAAAGCCAAGGAACACCUCCUGGAGCAAUCCAAAUCCGUGGAACUGUCAACAGGCUCCGCCUCACGCACGCAGAGGUCCUCCAGCUGUCCCUACCACGAGUCGUACGUGGAACCUCCAUCGAGGAAGACCGAGGCAUCGCAGGAUGGAAAGAGCUCAGAGGCCGUAAUCCAAUGGCUGAGUGACUUUCAGCUGCAAGCCUACGCUCCACACUUCAUCAGCGCCGGCUAUGACAUACCCACCAUUAGCAGAAUGACCCCCGAGGACCUGACCGCGAUCGGAGUGACCAAGCCUGGCCACCGAAAGAAGAUAACCUCUGAGAUCAACAAACUCAGCGUCACAGAGUGGCUCCCAGAUCAGAAGCCUGCUAACCUAGCAGAGUGGCUCUCUGUGAUUGGAUUAAGUCAGUAUUACCAGACUCUGGUUAACAAUGGGUAUGAAAACAUUGACUUCAUCACCGACAUCACCUGGGAGGAUCUCCAGGAAAUCGGCAUUACGAAACUAGGUCACCAGAAGAAACUGAUGCUGGCUGUGAAGAAGCUGGUGGAGAUCCAGAAGGCGUCUGAGGGCCGCAGCACUCUGCGAAAGAAGGUACCGCAGCCCCUGGACACGAGGGCCGUGGAGGCGGUAGAUAGCAGCGAGGGGAUGUCUCCCAAGAGGGGUGCCUUCCAGGAGAGCGACACAAGCGCCGAGCUGCAAGCUGCCGGUAGCCGUCCUGGGGAGCCUCCGGAGGGAACCGAGCUCAAGCAGGGCACCAACCACUUGCCGCCACGGGCAAGAAGCAUGCAUGAAAAUAGCCUGAGCAGGAGGGACUCUGAGGAGGGUAGCGGGCCCCCGAGGAAGGAGAUGCGCACCUCACGGCAGGGCAGCCAAGGCCAGGCCAUGCAGAGGUCUGGCGUCCCAUCAGCGGUGACCAAAACCCGGCAAUCUUUUCCCCAGGGGGCAGGCGGACCCUCUUACACCCCACCACAGACUCCCACCAGAACCAAGCCCUCCUCUCCACAGGCUGUGGUACCUCCGCAGGGCAGUGCCAAGGGGAAGCCAGCGGCGCAGCUAUUGGCUCAGUCAGAUCGCCCCAUGUCUCCCCGCUCUCUCCCGCAGUCCCCCACACACAGAGGCUACGCAUAUGUGAUGCCGCAGCCUGCAGAGGGCGGGGAGGGCCCCCCUACCAGCCCCCCAGUUUCCGUGCCUCUGCUUUGUCUGCCCCCAGAGGGUGACGAGCCCGAGGCGGAGCAGGGCCCUCCCAAGAAGCGUGCCCACAGCCUGAGCCGCUAUGCCACAUCCGACAGCGAGCAGGAGCGUGACGAGCUGCCCUUGCCCGACACCAAGUACGCCACCAUGCAGCCCCGCGUGGGCCGCAGCAACUCCGUCAAGGGCCAGUCUGACAAAAAUGUGAACCGCAGCCAGUCGUUCGCUCUCCGACCCAAGAAGAAAGGUCCCCCGCCGCCUCCGCCCAAGCGCUCCAGCUCGGCCAUCUCCAGCGGUAACCUGGGGGAGGACUCCAAGGAGCAGGGUGGCGGUGAGCUGCUCGAUGUCACCUAUCACGAGCGCCGGCGUGCCAGCGACUUUGGCGGAACGGUGGACACGGGCAGCGCGGGCAGCGUCAAGAGCAUAGCUGCUAUGCUGGAGAUGUCCUCCAUUGGAGGAGGUGCCAAGGCCCUGAAAUCACUUGGUGGACACCACUACCUGCAGGUGUCCCCUCUUCAUGGGAGGCACCGUGAUGCAAUCGGCCUGGAUGGAGAAGUGGUGAAUAGGCGCAGGACCAUCAGUGGCCCGGUGACAGGGCUGGUGGCAGCUGCACGACGGGAACGUGGAGGUCACGAGCACGAUGCGCCACAGGACCGACCUACCGCGGCAGCCCAACCGAGUUCUGGGGAAAACCUGCCCUUUGCUGAGGAUGGCAACCUUACCAUCAGGCCUCGGCCCAGGCAGGGCAAGGCCGAAGGCCUUCCAGAUGCGGUGUACUCCCUUCCGCAGGAGGAGCUGUCGCGAAUGGAUGCCACGGCUACACUGAAGAGGCGAGUGAGGUACAAGCAGCACCCGGACGGAGUCAAGUUCCACCUGACUGAGUCCAGCACCGUCAAGCGCCGCCCCAAGAGCAAGGACAAGGACUCGGUAGACGGGCAGGACGGUCAACUCCUCACGCUCUAUCAGAACGGCACGAGCACCAUCAAGCGACGGCCCGUGUCUGAGAUGAGCAGCACAGAGCACACCCGGCUCCAGGGCAACGGCGAGUCCACACGCCGCAGAGACAGCGCUGACUUUGGUCUGGGCUCUGAUGGGGAGCCCCGCAAGCUGGUGAAGCCCCCCGUGUCCCCCAAGCCAGUACUAGCCCAGCAGAUGAAGAAGCAAGGUCCCCCAACUCCCACAUCUAAGAAAGCCCCCAUCCCCGGGCCCGCUAGUCCAGAAGUAAAGCGACUGCCACCCCCGGUGUCGCCAAAGCCCAGCCCCCCUCCCACGGCCCCCAAGCCAGCCAAGAUCCUGCAGACGGUCAAGGUGACUCCUCCCUCCACACCAUCCCCUCCCUCGCUCGUGUCCAGCCCCGCAAGACCCCUUACCCCACCGGCACAAAGCCCUCAAACCCCUCAGACCCCCCAGACCCCGAGAACCCCAGGCACACCGGGUCCCACGCCUCCGCCAGUCAAGCCGCCACGUUCCUCCAUCGGCGGCGUGUCGGUGGACGUGGCUGCAGCAGCAGAGGUGGCCCAGCAGAAGCUGGAGGAGACAAGCGCGUCCCUGGCAGCGGCUCUGCAGGCUGUGGAGGAGAAAAUCAAGCAGGAGGACGGCCACCAAGACUCGGUGGCCGAGGACAAGAGCACGGUGAGCAUCCUGGACGACAUCGGCAGCAUGUUCGACGACCUGGCUGACCAACUGGAUGCCAUGUUGGAGUAAAGCACACGCCGAUGGUCCGCAGCACAACCCGGGGGUCCACGCGAGGGUCCCCCAGGGCGCGUUGACUUCCCAUGAUGACCCGCACCCCCCCGCCGGCUCCCCAGACAGACAGACAGACAAGUUGUCUGUCCUCACGUCCACCCGACCCCGUCCUUAACUUAAGGCAUCCGCAGGCAAACCCAAACCCCCCGCCGCUUGAUUCGCCCCUUCCUUCCUUUUCGGUUUUGCACAACUGACCAGAUCCUCCUAACCCCAGACGAAUUACCUCAGGACUGGGCUGAAGAAGAUUCACAGCUGGAGGCGUAAAAGAAAGACGUAGCACAUGGGCUGUCGGGUCAGUGAGUGAAUUUCGCGGCAGCAAAC